CCUUAUUCACGCGUAUACGCGAGAAAAAGAAUGGUUCCGAGUGAAAUUAAUGAAUCAAUUUUUACUCAUAUUGAAAUGACUUUUUCAAAAACAACGUUUGAAUUUAGACGUGAUGGUUUAGAAAAAGCUCUAACAAAAGUACUUUCGGAAAAGGAAAUGAUUCAUAUUAAUGAACUUUUAAAUCGAAUAUUUUUUGAACUAUUACAUUCUGAUUUAUCAGAUGUUAUUUAUCCUACUUUGCCAAAUUUAAAUGAAUUUCAAAAUGGAAUUAUUGCUCAAAAUGGUCCGAUAUUACUUGAAAUUGUUGAAU